ACACGUGAACAAUCAUAUGCGUAAGAAACAUAGAAACCGCUACUAUUGCGUCAAAUGUUACCGCGGGUUCAUCUCCAAGGAUGACCUCGAGGAACACAUGAAACAUCACGAGAACAUUACCUUAUAUCAUUGCCAUCUAUGUCCUAUGAAGUACAGAUACCUGUAUUCGAUAAAAGCUCAUCAUGUGCGAGUCCAUAGCACCGUAGAACCGAAAUCCAUACAUAACAAGGCUUGUCCGUCGAGAAUUAGAAGCUACGAGUGCCAAGUCUGUGACAAAGUUUACAGUAUGUCGACUUAUCUGAAGGCUCACAAACGUAUCGCUCAUGGAAUAGGCAAAAAUAUAUACGUGUGCAAAAUCUGUCAUAGGAAAUACUUACUCAAAGAUAACUUUCGUAACCACCUCUGCCGUCCGAUAAACGCGCGCGUUACCUGUCCUCAAUGCAACAAGUCAUGCGCCAACAAAACCUGCCUGGAGAUCCACAUGCAAGCGCACACGGGCGAACGACCUAACAAGUGCAACAUCUGCUCCAAAAUGUACACUACGCUAGAUUCACUCAGAGUUCACAAGCUUGCCCACAAACGGGUGAAACCAUACGAGUGCGACCUAUGCGGAAAGACAUUCGCCCGUCGGAGCACCUUGAUGGACCAUCGACGAAGACAUCCUGGAAACCAUCCAAAAGUGCCACGCGUUUCUCUCGAAUGUUUCAGCGACGAGGAUUAGUUCUUUCAUCUGUGAUAGAUUUUUUUAUGCGUUUUGUGACAUUAGAGUGACAACGUCAUAAAUAGACCUAUGGCGAGUGAAAAUGUGGAUGAAUGCAGGAAUAUGUAAUAUAUAGUGGUGGUCAUGUAUGGCUGUGAUUCGUGAGUUAAUAAUGAAAAUAGUUUAACAUACUUUGUUAUUUGACACUAAAUGUGUAUUAGUAAUAGAUUUUAUAUGAUAGAGAAUUUGGUGAAAAAUUCACAUUUAGAGGAAAUCAUCAAGUGCCGUUAAGUAACUGGUCACCACUGUACAUCUUAUACCGACUAGCAAAUAAGGAAUAUUUUUUAUUUUCGUUUCAAUUGUUCCUAAUAACUAUUACCAAUUAUUUUUAAGUUUCCGACAUGUAGUUACGUAAAUAAGAUUAACUGCGAGUGUUUAUUUUGAGUACGUAAGAAACUUGCUUCGAUGGAACAUUUAACAAAUCUAUCAAUUACAUAUUUGUGUAUAGGA